AUGGGGGGACAGAGUGACGCCGUCUGGUCCGUUGAAUAUGACACUCUUCGGCGUGAGCGUCUCUUUCGACACCCUCCAAAGGAUAAAACAGCAUAUCCUGCGCUAGCUGCUGCCAUCCGCCCGCACAUCGACUCCUUCAAUGCCUUGUUUGAGGACGGCAAGGUUAUGGAGGCCGCUCUAAAGGAUAUCGGAGUCAAGUCCUUUAUUGACGGAAACCCCGAGACACCAGAAGAAAAAGCCGCGCGACGAGAAGAGGGAAGAAGAACACCGAAGAGAAACAGACUUAGCGUGCGGAUAACGGAGCUAUUCUUGGAGAAAGCAGUUCUCCCAGCCUCGAAUAAAUAUAGCACACGCAAUCGAGAAAUUUACCCGUCUGAGUGCCGUGAAAGACAUGCAACCUAUAGAGGGAAAUUAAGAGCAAGGUUAGAAUACAGAGUAAACAAUGGAGAGUGGAAGGAGUCCGUUCGGGAACUGGGCCAAGUUCCAAUUAUGUUACGGUCCAAUCGGUGCCACCUUGAAAAGGCUACCCCGUCCCAACUUGUCGAGCGCAAAGAGGAAUCAGAAGAACUAGGCGGUUAUUUUGUGGUGAACGGAAACGAGAAACUCAUCCGAAUGUUGAUUGUUGGAAAAAGAAACUUUCCAACUGCAAUCAUUCGAAACUCUUUCCAGAAGCGUGGCUCAGCAUAUACCAAAUUCGGUAUUCAAAUUCGUUCCGUCAGGCCAGAUCAGACCUCGCAGACAAAUGUACUUCAUUACCUCAGUGAUGGGAACGUCACUCUUCGGUUUUCUUGGAGAAAGAACGAAUAUCUUGUGCCCGUGAUGAUGGUCCUGAAGGCACUGAUUGAGACCAAUGACCGUGAGAUUUUCGAGCGAUUAGUUGGCCGGGAAGACUCUUUGGGUAUUGAGAAUACUUUUGUUACUGACCGUGUGGAGCUGCUUCUGAGGACCUACAAGGCGUAUGGUGUCCAUUCUCGGUCAAAGUGCAGGGCAUACUUGGGCUCUAAGUUCAGAUUUGUCCUUGGAAUGCCGGAGGAUGUCCCAGAUGAGGAUGUCGGCACUGAAUUUCUACGGAAGAUCGUCUUACCCCAUCUUGGUAACCAAAACGUUACCGAGUCUCAGGAUAACGACAAAUUUAACAUGAUUUUGUUUAUGAUACGAAAGCUAUAUACCCUUGUCGCUGGUGAUUGCGCACCUGACAAUCCUGAUGCAAUCUCGAACCAGGAAGUACUGCUUGGAGGAUAUUUGUACGGUAUGCUAUUAAAAGAAAGACUAGAGGAAUGGUUAAAAUCUGUAGGUCCCAUUGUUCGGGACUGGAGGAUGAGAAAUCAAGAUACCAAAUUUACGGACCCUAAAUUCGAAAGGGAAUUCCUUGCAAAGGUAAUCGGCCGGACAAAUGAGAAUAUCGGUGGUGCCCUGGAAUACUUCCUAUCAACAGGAAACUUGGUCAGCCCUACUGGGCUCGAUUUGCAGCAGCCGUCAGGCUAUACCGUAAUGGCAGAAAAGAUCAACUUUUACCGAUUCAUCAGCCAUUUCCGAAUGAUUCACAGAGGAAGCUUCUUCGCGCAGCUGAAAACAACAACUGUACGAAAACUGUUACCGGAAAGCUGGGGAUUUCUUUGCCCUGUUCAUACUCCUGAUGGAAGUCCUUGCGGUUUGCUAAAUCAUCUGGCACAUAAAUGUUUGAUAUCAACCUCAAACCUGGAUGUCUCUGGUGUGCCUGGGGUUCUUGCUGGACUUGGAGUGACAUCGGAAUCUUCAUGCUCAACCGAAGAAAGUAUCCCAGUCCAGCUAAAUGGAAAAAUUCUUGGAUACUGUACACCAAAACAAUCUCGUGCUAUUGCCGAUACCCUGCGAUACUGGAAGGUCCAAGGACAUAAGCAUAUUCCUGUAGAGCUUGAAAUUGGCUAUGUUCCAAGCUCCAGUGGUGGCCAAUACCCAGGAGUCUACAUGUUUUCCGAAGCCGCCCGCAUGUAUCGACCGGUCAGAUAUCUUCCACUGGACAAGCUAGAUUAUGUCGGCCCGUUCGAGCAACCUUACAUGGAAAUUGCUUGCAUUGCUUCCGAUAUUAGGAAUGGAAUUUCUACCCACAUUGAGUUCGACCCUACUCACAUUCUAUCCAUCCUCGCCAACAUGACCCCAUUUUCCGACUUCAAUCAGUCCCCACGUAACAUGUACCAGUGCCAGAUGGGUAAACAAGCAAUGGGAACUCCUGGCACAGCUAUCGAUUACAGAACUGACAACAAACUCUACCGACUACAAACUGGGCAGACACCGGUUGUCAGACCACCGCUAUACAAUGCCUAUGGGCUAGAUAAUUUCCCCAACGGCAUGAAUGCUGUCGUUGCCGUCAUUUCAUAUACUGGCUAUGAUAUGGACGACGCCAUGAUAAUAAACAAAUCUUCUCACGAACGCGGAUUUGGUUAUGGAACCAUUUACAAAACGAAAGUAUAUGCGUUGGAUGACAAAGAAUCACGCGGGCGAGGGGCAUCUAAAAGGUCAAUAACCAAGUUAUUUGGAUUUGCACCAGGAGGUCUAAUUAAGGCCGAGUGGAAAGCCCAGCUGGAUGAAGAUGGCUUACCACAUAUUGGAGCGAAGGUCAGUGAAGGAAGCUUAGUUGGUGCAUGGCACACUGUCCAAUAUGACCCGGCGACAGACACAUAUGUCAACGUGGACAAACAGACGCACUUCCUUAAAUACAAAGACGGGGAAGAAGGAUAUGUCGACAGUGUCAGAAUCCUUGGAGCAGAGACCGGCAACGAAGUGUGCCAGGCCGUCAGCAUCAAAUAUAGGGUCCCCCGUCGACCAGUGAUUGGUGACAAGUUCUCUUCCCGUCACGGACAAAAGGGUGUUUUGUCCCAACUCUGGCCGUCGACCGACAUGCCAUUCUCUGAGUCCGGAAUCCAGCCUGAUGUCAUCAUUAACCCACAUGCUUUCCCCUCUCGAAUGACAAUUGGUAUGUUUGUCGAGUCACUGGCUGGAAAAGCCGGUUCGCUGCAUGGCCUUGCCCAAGAUUCCACCCCUUUCCAGUUCUCUGAAGAGGACACGGCGGGAGAUUAUUUUGGCAAACAACUACAGAAGGCAGGCUAUAACUUCCACGGAAAUGAGCCUAUGUAUUCUGGAAUCACCGGCCGAGAAUUCGCGGCCGACAUCUACAUUGGGGUUGUCUACUACCAGCGUCUUCGACACAUGGUUAACGAUAAGUUCCAAGUCCGUACUACUGGUCCAGUGAACGCGCUCACUGGGCAGCCCGUUAAGGGUCGUGCUAAGGGAGGUGGUAUCCGUGUUGGUGAGAUGGAACGUGACGCUCUCCUAGCCCACGGUGCUGCAUUCUUACUACAGGAUCGCUUAAUGAACUGCUCCGAUUCUCAGCGUGCUUGGAUAUGUCGAACAUGCGGCUCCUUUAUAUCCACUCAAGUGGCUGUUUCUCAGCUCCUAUCACCGCAUAAAAAUCCUGCCAUGGAAGCUGUGGUCCAAUCUACAGCAGAUGCAAUUGCUAAACCGCUUAGUGGAGUCAGCGCUCUCGGCGGUCUGGCUGGUAUUGUACGAUGUCGACGAUGCGCGCGGGAGGCAGUCUUUGACGAUCCCAGGGCAGAAGUAUGGGAAGAUGGAUCUGGUAAGAGAUAUGUGGGUGGCAGUGACACAACAGUGGUUGCUGUGCCUGGUGUAUUAAAAUAUCUCGACGUCGAGCUUGCUGCCAUGGGUGUCAAGAUGAGAUUCCACGUCGAUAACUGA